AUGGUCUCAUCUACAGAAGACUCCGGCUCUACUACAACAAGCAUCAUCUUCCACCAGGAGCAAGACAUCGGCGAAGCUCAUGGGCGUCAUGAACUCGAGUCGUCUCGUCCACCACGACGAGCGCUUUUCGGAAAAGAAAACCCUACGUCUUCCUCCCCUUUAGAUCCCCAUCCACCCCUUCCUGAAUCCUACGAACUCUCAACAUCACCUCCACCAGCUGCACACAUAUUAUCGCGGAACGUUCUCGAAGCUGGUAUCGGCUCAGAGGGCAUAACUUCUAGGCAGGCUGGGAGACCGAGCGGGGAUGAGUCGCCGGAGAUGGAGGAGCAGGGUAGACCGAGUGAGAAGCAGUCGUCGAAAUACAGGUGGUAUGCUAGGUUGCACUUCGCUGCGAUCUGUUGGUGUUUCUUCUUGCAAGGUUGGAACGAUGGAACGGCAGGGCCAUUGCUUCCAAGGGUGCAGUCUGUGUAUCACAUUGGUUUCGCCAUCGUCUCUCUCAUUUUCGUGUCGACCGCUAUUGGGUUCCUCGCUGGCGCCGCUCUGAACGUUCAUCUCGAUAGUAAAUUCGGUUUUGGGAAGGUCAUGGUCUUCGGCUCUUUGUUUCAAACUGUCUGCUACGCUAUGAUGAUUCCAGAAGGCCCCUUCGCUGUGCGUGUCGUGGCAUAUGGUGUUGGAGGAUUUGGAGGCGCAUUACAGCUAGCGGGUGGUAAUACCUUUGUCGGCAACUCUAAUAAACACAUAGAACGGAAGCUCGGAGUUAUGCAUGCUCUUUACGGUCUCGGCGCAUUCGCAGCACCACUUGCGGCUACCCACUUCUCGCAGGUGUAUCACUGGACGUUCCACUUCAUCAUUUCGCUUGGGAUAGCGGUGACCAACACGGUCGUCCUCGCGCUUGUGUUCAAAGGCCGGACGCUAGACGAAUGUAUGGCCGAGGAAGGCCACCCAGCAAGCGAGGUUAACUCCGAGCGCGAGAGUGGCAAGUACAGGCAGAUACUCAGUAUGAAGGUCGUUCACGCGCUUGCGAUCUUUACACUCGUAUAUGUCGGUACCGAGGUUACGCUUGGGGGCUGGAUCGUCACCUACAUUAUCCAAGAAAGGUCAGGUGGCGCGAGCUCGGGGUAUAUCUCUUCUGGAUUUUUUGGCGGAAUCACUGCCGGGCGACUAAUUCUCCUAUGGCUGAACAAGAAGAUCGGCGAGCGCACAGCUCUUUUCUUAUACGCUAUCCUUUGUAUUGGCCUCGAAAUCACCGUCUGGAUCGUACCCAGCCUCAUCGAAAAUGCUGUUGCGAUUUCGUUCGUUGGUGUCCUCAUGGGCCCAAUGUACCCCAUCCUCGUCAACCAGGCAAAGGGAGUCAUUCCGCGCUGGCUACUCAAUGGCUCGAUCGGCUGGAUUGCGGCUGUCGGUCAGUCUGGAAGUGCUAUCAUACCGUUGGUCACGGGUGUGUUGUCUGCGAAGUUUGGGAUUAAGAGUUUGCAGCCGCUAGUUGUUGCGAUGAUGGGCGUUCUGGUUGGGAUAUGGAUGCUCAUUCCCAGGGCGCAUAGGCGGGCGGAUUGAGCGGGUUCAUUGGGGUUCUAUUGGCUGCUACGUUUGCCACGCGACGCGUAGUUACACAAAAUACACCGUCCUGACUUAUUACAGUCGUAC